GCCGACUUAAAACAAAGCAGUCAAGUGUAAACACAGCUGUUAACUUAAUAGAAGCAGUACUAGGAGUGCACUGCUUGGAGAUGGUUGCACACACGCAUGCGAUUGCGAUGGAUGUGCCGUGGGUGCAACCCCUGCAACGGCAGACUACAGGGCCGUUGCCCCGAGUGCAAACACGCAGAAGGCCUUGAGAGGACGCAGCCGUCCAAGGGCAAGACUACGAAGGAUGGCCAGCAGCCAAAGGCCAAAGCCAAAGCCGCCGCCAAGCGGAUGCCGGCCAAAAGGAAGGCCGACAGGAGCAGUGCUAAAAAGGCAGUUGGCAAGAGGCCGGCCAGCAACAUCAGUGGCAAAAGGGACUUGCCAAGACGCCCCCACGCAAGGGUGCUUGCGGCAAGCCUGCAAAGAGGAGAGCCAUGCGGAAGAGUGAUCAAAAGACGCCUGCCUGGUCUGCCUGGUCCGCAGCUGGUGAAGCUGUAAUUCUAGACUUGUCGCCUGACGCGGAGCCUGGCGAGAAGGCUGGCAAGAAGGCAGCCACAAUGGCUCAGAUUGGCAAAUUUGAGGCAGGCCAGGCAGGCAAGCAAACGAUAGCAGACAAGGACUCAGGCGAGGAAACAGUUGGCAAAGAGAGAAGGAAGUUGGUUAGACGAUGCCGCUCAUGGAGGCUGUCGAGACGGCUGUCAUUCUGUCUACGGAGGCUCUGCUGACAAAUAGGCGCAGUCAAUGGGGCCAUGAAUCAACUUGCGGCAAGCUCUCGUCCGAACGCUUCUCCACGAACAACAGCGCAGGGGCAUGCAGUGCCAGCGAAUCAACAGCUGGUGCAUGUGAUGUGCUUGUGCAUGUGCAUCUUCAAUCCUAGGCCAAUCCAGCGUAGCGCGAUUCAAUCCUCACAGUCGUGCAAGGCUACGCUGGAGCUCUUUCAAAAAGUGUCAAACAUGAGUCGGACAGAGUUCAAUUGUUGC